AUGUCCAAGUCAAAGAAAGCCUCAAAGCGCAAGCGUGACCAAGAUACUCAGUCCAAUCUGUCACACAAGAAGAGAUCGACCUCGAUCCCGACCCCGACUCUGCCGUCCCCAAAGUCGACCGAUGAAGGCGAGCAAGUCGAGCCGAAAACCCUCAGCCUGAGCGCUGUUGCCUCCGAGGAGGAGGUCGAGAUCACAGUCGAUACACUACGAGCUCUGGCCGAGCAUCCAGCUGUGAUCAAGGGGAAAGGAUGCAAGGACUUGCGCACUGCUGUCUAUGACUUUCGCCAGGCCUGCACUACGGGCAGCAACACCACCAGCGCUGCUACGAAUCUUACUGCGAGGAUAUCAGCCGCUCUCGUCGAUGGCAAGCAUAUCGAUGCCCUUGUCUUGCUCGCCGAAAUGCGCAUUCGCGACGAACCCCCAAAGCUAGGAGCUCUUUGCCGCUGGGUGCGGGAUCUCGACGCUGUAAGCGGUCUUUCCCUUCGAGAUCCCAAGGGCACCGGCGAACCCAUCAUACCGAGAACCACGAGGCAGUUGGAGACCUUAAGAGCGUUGGACGCUGUUCUCCGAGUCACUGGCACAACUGAUCUACACCCUGAGACUCUAUCCUUAGCCACAAAAGGGCCCGUCGCGCUGCAAGAGCUGUGGGACCUUCGUGGCGAGACUUGGUCGCCAAUCGCAGUUCGAGAUAGUGUAUUGGACAAGUCGAUACUCGAAUCUUGUCCGCCUGGUGUUGCGGACAACUUCCGUGUUCUUGAAACAACCCGAGGCCCUGAUCGAAAGCCACCGAACCUUCACGAUGCUGUAUUGUACAUGAGCAGCAAUAACGCGGUACUCCUCUCGUCGACUCCGCCCGAGAUAACAUUCCAUCGCCAUGCCCAGGUGCCAAAUCUCUCGCUGAUGAGAAACGUGCUUUCGGCGGAUGAAUGCAAGUCCAUCAUCGCAGCGACGGAAACCGUUGGCUUCUUGCCCGAUGCUCCAGUCAAGGACGACGGCUCAGAGACCAGUAUACUGGCACACAAUGUCUACUGGGUAGUAGACAAUGCCUUUCACGAUAUUUUGUGGGAAAGAGUUCGCCCUUUCGUCCCAGCAGAAGUCGAGGGCCGGAAAGCUAGAAGCAUCAACCGACGGUUCAGAGUCUACCGCUACGUUCCUGGCGCCGAAUACCGCUGUCACUUUGAUGGUGCCUGGCCGCCUUCUGGGGUUGAUUCGACCUCUGGCAUGUACUUGUACGAUGCCUCGCCCGCCGAUGGAAAACAGUCCAGUCUCUUCACUUUCUUGGUCUAUCUCAACGACGAGUUUGAAGGAGGCGAAACUACAUUCUUCACGCCGAGCAUCAAGGAAGGAGUCAUGAAUGCACACCCUGUCAGGCCUAUCAUGGGCUCCAUAGCUCUGUUUCCGCAUGGGGAAAGCAAAGGGGCUCUGCUCCAUGAAGGGACGGGCGUACGCAAGGGGGCAAAAUACAUUAUUAGGACUGAUGUCGAAUAUGAUGUAGACCCUGGUCGCUGA